CAUGACACGAGAUGUGGGGUGGGGAGGGGGCAUUGGCCCCCGCAACGUUGCUUGUGAGAUGUUUAUUGUGCGGCUGUGCUCGAGACGAGUUUUGUUGACAUGUUUGCGUUGUUGUUGUGUUUGGUGAUUGGCCCGCGCUGGAGUCCCCCGUGCAGCCACGGGCACCAGGGAAGUUCAUCUCCUGGUCAGCAGCCUCGGGAUCCCGAAUCCCCCUCGACGUCGUCGCCGCCGCCGCCGCAGCCGCCGCCAGCGAUGCCGAGCGUGGCGGAGCUGUGCCGGGGCCUGCCCCUGGAUCCGCUGCCCCCGCCACGCGGUCGCGACCCCAACUGCCCCCACGCUCCCGUGAGGACACCCGGCCUCUCCCCUGCCCAGGAAAAGGUCGCCCUGCGCAAUGCGCUGCGUUACUUCCCGGCCUCGCUGCACGAGCUGCUGGCCCCGGAGUUCCUGCAGGAGCUGCGGGCGUACGGACACAUCUACAUGUACCGCCUGUACCCCACGCUCGAGAUGAGGGCGUACCCGAUCCACGCGUACCCGUGCCAGUGUGUACACGCGGCUGCCAUCAUGCACAUGAUCAUGAACAACCUGGACCCGCGGGUGGCACAGUUUCCCCAGGAGCUGGUGACUUACGGAGGGAAUGGGCAAGUGUUCAGCAACUGGGCCCAAUUCUGGGUGGUGAUGCAGCUGCUGGCCGAGAUGACGGAGGAGCAGACCCUGGUCGUCUACAGCGGCCACCCCAUGGGGCUGUUCCCCAGCACGAGACACGGGCCACGACUCGUCAUCACCAAUGGCAUGGUGAUCCCCAACUACUCCUCCCGGGAGGAGUACGAGAAGCUCUUCGCCCUCGGGGUCACCAUGUACGGGCAGAUGACGGCCGGCAGCUACUGCUACAUCGGCCCGCAGGGGAUCGUGCACGGCACCCUGCUGACGGUGCUGAACGCCGGGCGGCGCUACCUGGGGCUGGAGGACCUGCGGGGCCGCGUGUUCGUCACCUCGGGGCUCGGCGGCAUGAGCGGUGCGCAGGCCAAGGCCGCGGUGAUCGCCGGGUGCAUCGGGGUCAUCGCGGAGGUGGACGAGGUGGCCCUGAGGAAGCGGUUCGAGCAGGGCUGGCUCAUGGAGGUCUGCACCAACCUCGACCACUGCAUCGCGCGCAUCCGUGAUGCACGUGCCAAGAAGGUUCCCCUCAGUCUCGGUUACCAUGGAAACAUCGUGGACUUGUGGGAGCGGCUGGUGCAGGAAGCGGAGGAGAGCGGGGAGCUGCUGGCGGACCUCGGCUCGGACCAGACCUCGUGCCACAACCCCUACGGGGGCGGCUACUGCCCCGUGCAGCUGGCGCACGGCGAGGCGCUGAGCCUCCUGCAGGCCGAGCCCACGCGGUUCCGCGCACUCGUGCAGGAGAGCCUGCGGAGGCACGUGGCGGCCAUCAACGCCCUGGCAGAGCGAGGCCUCUUCUUCUGGGACUACGGCAACGCCUUCCUCCUGGAGGCUAAACGCGCAGGAGCCGACGUGGAGAAGGCCGGAUCCGGUGACCAGACCGAGUUCCGGUACCCGUCGUACGUGCAGCACAUCAUGGGGGACAUCUUUUCCAUGGGCUUCGGGCCCUUCCGCUGGGUGUGCACUUCCGGAGACGCCCGCGACCUCCUUGCCACCGACGCCAUCGCAGCUGCCGUGCUCCAGGAGAUCGUCGCCGACCGCAGCCACCCAGUCCCCGAGUCCGUCCGGCAGCAGUACCUCGACAACAUCCGCUGGAUCAAGGAAGCGCACAAGCACAACCUGGUCGUUGGCUCGCAGGCGCGGAUCCUCUACUCCGACCAGGCUGGCCGCGCCGCCCUCGCUGACGCCUUCAACUGCGCGGUCGCCGACGGGAAGCUCCGGGGCCCGGUGGUCAUCAGCCGCGACCAUCACGAUGUGAGCGGCACCGACAGCCCCUUCCGCGAGACGUCCAACGUCUACGACGGCUCGGCCUUCUGCGCAGACAUGGCCGUGCAGAACUUUGUGGGCGACGCUUUCCGCGGGGCCACGUGGGUGGCGCUGCACAACGGCGGCGGCGUCGGAUGGGGUGAGGUCAUCAACGGUGGCUUUGGGCUGGUGCUGGACGGGUCGAGCGACGCGGCCCAGCGUGCUGCCCGCAUGCUGCACUGGGACGUGAUGAACGGGGUGGCUCGCCGAUGCUGGGCAGGAAACGUCACGGCUCGCGAGACGGUCAAACGGGAGGCAGCGCGGCACGCGGACCUGCGCGUCAUACUUCCCCACCACCCAGCAGACUCAACUCUCCUGGAUAGGGUCACUGGCAGUGGCUGCGGCAGCAACACCCCCUAGCAACAACACUCUCUAGCAGCAGCAGCAGCAACACCACCCUCUAGCAGCAGCAACACCACCACCCUCUAGCAGCAACACCCUCUAGCACCAGCAACAACACCACC